GAACUUUUCCACGUUCAUUCAAUAGUCGUCGGCCGUCCGCGCGCCUGUAUGCACUUCUGUCGCACACCUAACGCGAACUUGUUUAUCAACAAACAAAAAUCAAGUGCUAUGUGAAAUGAUAUAGUAAAUGGGGUAGACAUGUGGGGUUUUGUUAACGUUUUGUAACGUUCAAUGGAUAUUUUCCUUGAUGUUAUGUUAAUUGCAUUGUGUUUGGAAAGAUGGACGGUGCGAGCGCUGACUCGGAUCACUCUAUGACUUGGGAGGACUUUUUUGGUAGUACAACAGAUCUCGCACCAACGCUUAUCGGCAUAUACGACUCCCUGUUGGAACCAGUCAAGAGCCUGAGGCCUGAAGCGGAUCGCCUCGAAACAGCCAAAGAUGCCAGAAACGACCCACCUGUACAGGAAAACAUUGAAGCCAAUAUGACCGAAGAAAAGGAUACUACAGUACCCGCGAGCCCACCGAAGGACCCUUCCAAAAUAGCAGGCAGUGUCAAACUACCCUUAGCAACAGUAAACAAAAGCUCCCUCUUUACAUUACGAACUAAAAGUGAUAACCAUGGUGCUAACGAACCCACAUGUGACCUUACCAGUGAUACAGUUAAAGUGCAAAGAACGUUCAAAGAAGUUAACAAAGAAGCAACCACUUUCGAUAAUCUCUCCCCAAACGUUAAAAGAAUGAUAUCAGGCGCGGCGGAGACGACGACUCUGAAAUUCCAAAAGAAAUCCAUAACCAUCGGUAGAUCAUCAACCCGACGAUGCAAUAUACCACUAGUUGGGGCAACGUCAAAAAUAUCUCAAUCGGGACUAGAAAUAUUACCGUCAGUAGAAAUCUACGAUCAGCCGACAUUAAAAACUUUCAGCAAUGAAUCUCCAGCAAAAACGGCUCCAAUCAAACCGGAAUUUAAAAUCGACGAAGAGCAAACGACGUACGAUGUCCCAACGAAUAACCAACCCACUAUAUACGAUGUUCCUAAUUCUAAUAAGACAGCAUUUGAAUCUCUCUCCCUACCUUUCAUCGACCAAUCGAUCGAGCUCUCUAUAUCUUCUAAUGAUAGGGAAUUCGAUACUAAAUUGCCCUCAAAAGACAGUUCCCCACAAAAGCCUGAUCUCAAAACUUCGACACCUGAAGCGUCUCCAAUCAAGUUCCCAAAAAAUCUAAAUGACGGUACUAAUAGUUUACAUAGAAAAAACUUUGGCAGCAAAACUGAGGGUUCACCGAGUAAGCUCCUAAAAUCUGGACCCUAUCCCGAAGCUGUGGCAUCUACAGGGAAUCUAAAAAUGAUACAAGAAAAGGAAGUCAUCAGGCUAAAUCCUGCAAUAGAAGUGACCAGACCUCUAUCAAUGAGUUCCAUUGCGUCCUCAAGUUCGACUUCGAGUAGUGGGGUACAAAAUAAGGGAGGAGUGAACUCAGCGUACUUAGCUUCGAUCGAAAGUCUGGAUGACCAUAGUGAUGCUGACAUGACGUCUGCAAAUGGGAGCAAUAAUUUUGUGAACAGCGCUGGUAUGCUGAAAGCUAGUGUGUCAGAAGAUAGUCGGACGGAAUUGCCAAGACAAAACGCCUUCGAGGAGAUGCCAGGGUUAUCGCAGCUGGAGCGAGUGUGUGCCGAAAUCGUGCAAACGGAAAACGUUUACGUCGAAGACCUCAGGCAAGUUGUUGAGGGUUACCUGCACGUCUGGCGUCGGGACGCUACGUUCUCUGAUGAAGAGUUGACAGAGCUGUUCAAUAACAUUGAAGACAUCUACGCUUUCAAUAGAUCACUAUGCAGCGAGCUGAACUCCUGUCGUCUAGACGCCACUUGCAUAGCCCGAUGCUUCGUCAACAACACGACUGGUUUCUCAGUGUACACUUCAUACUGUACUGGUUACCCCAAAACCAUGGAGCGACUAGCAAUGUUGGCGUCGCGACCACAAAGUGCCAGAGAAUUCAGAGAAAGGCAGCUGGAGUUGAGGCAUCCUUUACCCCUGGCUUCGUAUUUGUUGAAGCCUGUGCAACGGAUUUUGAAGUACCAUUUGCUUUUACAAAAUGUGGUGAAGCAAUGCGCGUCGUGCGAGACGGAGUACGCAUUGCUGAAGAUGACGGGCAUCGCGCAUCACAUCGACGACAUGAAGAGACGACACGAACAUGCCGUCCGAGUACAGGAGAUCCAAUCGUUAUUGUACGGAUGGAACGGACCAGAUUUGACAACCUAUGGAGAGUUGUGCGCUGAAGGGACAUUUAGAGUUUUCGGCGCCAAGGCAAUGCGGCACGCCUUCCUCUUCGACAAAAUGCUUCUCGUCACCAAGAAUCGAGAGGACGGGAUACUUGCGUACAAAUCCCAUAUCAUGUGCAACAACAUGAUGUUAGUGGAAUCCAUCGCGGGGGCUCCUUUAUCCUUCCACGUUAUCCCGUGGGAUGCACCUCGAUCACAACUCACUCUGCAAGCCCGAUCUCCGCGGCACAAGCGAGAAUGGACUUUAUUACUUAAACGAGUUAUAUUGGAAAACUACAAUGCAGUGAUACCAUCACACGCACGGCAGUUAGUGAUGGAAUUAGGACAAAAUAAAACUGAUGAUGACAUUUUGGCUGAGAAAUCGCACAAUUUAAUAACUCAAGCAUCGAUGAGAAAACAGCUAUCCGCCCCAGAGUAUCUCGAAAAACGAAAGGUGGAAAGAGAAAGGAGAAAAUCAUUCGAGAAUGGCAUCAGAGGAAGACUUAAGAAAGUUAACAGAAAAUACCCAAUGAACAAUUCCAGAGAUGAUACACAAGAAUGUGACUGUGCUCAAUACUCAGCUGAAAAAGGCAUAGAUUAUAUAUGUGAUGUCUGUUAUAUAGAUCUGUGUUCGGACUGUGAAACUGAAGUUACAAAAGACAAGGCAAAAGAUGAGAAAUGUAGCUGCCAAAGUGCUGAUAAUGAAUCUAGAGAAAGAUGUGCUGAGUGUGAUAGAGCACUUCAUUAUAUGGACUCUGGAAGCACAGAGCAAAUAGAAAGAAAGAAAUCCUGCAAAUGUUCCGAUUUUAAAUCCUCACAAGAAAGUGUUACUAAAGAAUUCAGUGGUUCUCUUAACAAAACAAGGGGUUACCAUUCAUCUGAUAAUAUCGUCAGUUAUACAGACAGCAAAAGUAAAGAGGAUUUGUCUGAUACGUUAGCCAAUGUUAAGAGUAUCCAAAAAACUUGCCUAAAAUGCUCUAAAAUAAAAGAAAACAUAGCAGUAAUAGAUGCUACGGGGACGUUACGUAGAGAAAACACAAUGAGAAAAUCUAGAUGCAACGUUGAUAAGCAUAGAACUGAUACUUUAAGAUCUAAAUCUAAAGACGAUCCACAGAGAUCUAAGUUAUCAAAAAUUGGUACUUGGAGAAGAAAAUCUGAACCUGGUUUGCAAAAUACCGUUAUGUUUACUAAAAGGUCUCAAGACAGUGAUAGUGAAAGGACAGAAAGCAAAGGGAGUGAAAAGAUAGAAUUUGAAUGUCGUAAUUGUGGUUCCAAUAAAAUCAAUAAAAAAACUAAAUCAAACGACGGAGCUAUUAUAUCCGAUCCUGAACUAGACAGUAGAAAGAAAUUGACAAACAGUGGACUGAAACCGAAUUUAGAAAUAAAGAUGUACAAUACUAAAAAUAUACCAAAGAAAAUCUCAAAAAUUAAAAAGAAUAGAGCUAAAGGAUUGCGUCUUGGCUCAGAUACUACCACACGAUUUUAUACAGAUUUUUCAACUGAUGUAUCUACUGAAAAUAUAUUACACAUAUCUGAAUCUACUGAUAGUCUUAAUAUUGACAAGUCCAAGAUCCAACCAAGUUUAGAUAUUCCAGAUUCAAUAAGUAAAGAUGAAGAUAUAGACGAAGAAACCUAUAAAAAGUUAAUAGAAAAAACAGAUUCAUUUAAAAAGAACGAACUAGAAAAGGUUAAGUUCUUGAAUAAGCAAAAAGUAAUAUCAGAAGGAACUGAGACUGAAGAUAAAUUACAUGACAUUGAAAAGUUAGAAGAAGCAGAAGCGCAAGAGAUCUGUGAAGAAAUUGAACAGCCGUUAGAGCAAAUAAUAUCGCAACUGUUAUUGGAAAACAGAGAAUUCCAAAAGCUUCUAAAGAAACAACAGCUGCGAAACACUGCGCAAAGAAGACAUCAGAGACUUUUGAAGUCCCACUCAAACCCUGAUACAGUAAUCUUAGCCAAAAACGAACUCACAAAGUUAAAACCAAAGUAUACUAGACAGUUAUCAGAAAAUAUAGAGUUGAAAAUAAAUGAGCAGAAUGACACAGAAAGAAAUGUUCAAAAUGAAAUCGAUGACGCUUCUGAUGAAGAUCAUAUUUACGAAACCUUGAGAAUAGAAAAUAGAGUCGAUAUUAACCUACAUGAGUUAAACAAUAAAAGCAAAUUAAUACAACACAAUACGCAUGUUUCUCGACCUAAAAGAUUAUCGUCUCCCCAAAAUCCGACCUCAAAUACUUCCGAAUUAACUAAAAUGACUGGACCAGAAUCGGACUAUGUUUAUCUUUCUUUUGAUGAAGACAAACGACGUGUAAAUUUAGAUGAUGGAAUAUACGAUGUACCAGUAAAAACUCCAGAAAAAGAUGUAAAAGUCCACCAAACUACAAAUGUUGCAGAUUACUAUGUUGCUAUGGAGAAUCAAGGUCCUGCGACCAAUGAUGAAAACAUUUACGAUAAUUUAAUAGAUGUGUGUCGAAGAAAGAAAGAUGUACCAAGUACUUUACCUACGGAUUACUUGCCUAUGAGUCCGGAUCAACAAAGCCCUAACACCCCAGAAAUAUGGCUGAGUCGACAGAAAGAACACUUUAACGUCUCUAGAGAUAGGAAAUCUGGAUCCCUGCCGAGAAGUUUUCAAGUAGUUAUGACAGGUCAAGAAGACGAUAAUUUAAGCACAUUUAAAUAUAAGCCCAACAGCAAUAGUAAAACUUAUUUAAACAGAGAUGGUAAAGUUAUGAGCGUAGAUCGACCGUUCACAAUCGCGUCCGAUCAAAGUGAAAUAAGCUAUGAUGAUGUUGAAACUUACAUGAGCGAAGGAGAUAUAUUGAAAUUCAAUAAGAAUUCUAAAUCAAAAGAUGAAGAAUAUCCACAAAACAUCAGUAAGUCGACGUUAGAAUUAGAAGAAGAAAUAGACAGAUGUUAUAAAAGUAACUUUGAAAAAGUAGAUUUGGAAACUAGUAAGGAAGAAAAUGUGAUGAAUACAUCACAAGUUAAUUUAAAUGUCUCUACAACGUCUUCUUGCGAGGCCUUGACAGUUGAACAUGGUGAAGAAAAAACAAAACUUGUUGAUGUUAUACACCCAGAACAUAAAAUAUAUAAACCAACAAGUAAUGUGCUAUCACUAAAGAAUGUGCUUAGUAGAUUUAAAAGUCGUACGCCGCCAAAAAAUAAUGAAGAUAUCGAAAUCAAUGCAAACGAUCAAAGUUUUGAAACUGCAAAAUCUGAUUUAAAAAGUCCAACCGGCGAAAAAAGAUCUGCUUUGAAUCCUCGAAGCUACUCUAAAAACUUGUUGCAGCGGUUUAGAAGUAUUAUUGGUGACGAACAGCCAGACGACAAUCAAAACAAGAUUAAAGGAGAUAACCAUAAUAAUAUUGCAAAAACGGAAAUCAAAGUUAUUAUCACGUCAACUGAUAACAGUCCUACAACCUCAACCAUUGUUUAUUCUAUUCAAACUGACGCUUUAAGUAAAAGUGUUUGUGAACACACUACAAUGAGUGAAAGUCAGAAAGAGAAAAAUCAUUUGGAAAUUCUAUCUCAAAGCUGUGAGAAUAUUAACGAAAAGCCCACUUUGUACCGACCGAGUUACGAAAAAAGUGUUAGCAUGGUGACCAAUGUUUCAAGUUCUAUAAGUAGUACACCUUCACCGUCUAAAUCAAAUUGCAGUUCUUAUCAGAGCCUAAAUAAACUGCCAGUCUAUAUGCAGGGUAGUAAGCAUUUAGGCGCUAGAAUAGCUCAGUCAGAUUACGUAGAUCCAACGACCUUGAAAAAUGAAAAGGACGCACUUAAAAAUGUCAAUGUACUUAUUAAUAAAAAUGCCUUAAGACCCGAUAGUCUUUUCUCUAAUUCUUCCUUCGUUACUUCAUCCAGUGAGAGUACUUAUCAAGAAAAUCAAAAUAAGGCAAAUACUACGCACCAGAGCCUAGUGACUGAAAAGUGUGUAGAAAAACAAAACUCGGAUGAGAGUUUUUAUGAAAAAUCGUUUGAAAAGAUAGAACAAAUUACAGACGCAGAUAUGUUUAGAGACUCAGCCGUUUAUUCUGAUCAGGAAGACGGUGAAGAUUUACAAAAUGAACAGACUGAUAAAGCUGGUAACAAACAUCUAACUAGAGUGGAGAGCAUCAAACGCGAAUCUUCAUUCAGAUCCAAAAAAGUCAUUGUGUCAACGAUUAUUUCAGAGAAAAGUAGUGUUAAUUCCCGUACUAUUACUACAAGUAUUAGAAACCAACAAAUAGGUAGUAAUAAAAAUAUUCAUAAAGACGAAAAGGCUGAAAGCGCGGAAAAGUUUGUGAAAACAAAGAUAGCUCCGCCAGUACCAAUUAAACCUAAAAUGACCAAUGUUCCUACAGUCUCGACUGUUCAAAGUAAAAUUGUAACGUGCAACAACAAUCUAUCUAAAAGUAUUGAACAGUCAUCGUCAUCAGAAUCUAUUAAUACACGAACCAUAAAACGGAAUUCGAAUUAUAGGCCAUCGUAUACAAAAUCAGAACCCACCCCAGCAUCUAAAGAUAAAAAUUCUGUAGAAGAAAAAGUUGCGAAAAGAGAUAAAAAUGAGAAACUUGAAAGUAAAUCGACUAAAGAAGAAAUAAAACCUCAAGGAAAUAUACAAAUGAAACGGCUAAGUUUUGAAAGGGCGAGCCUAGAUUCGGCUACAAGAAAGACUAAACCAGUCAUUGAAAAUAAACGAUCGUCAGCAGAACAGCCUUCAACCUCAAAAUCAGUAUUAGAAAGGCGAUUAGAAAUAGAACAAAUGACUAAAAGCCAAACGAAUAAAACGGUACAGAAGAAACCAAUGCCCAAACCCAAAUCUGUGACAUCGAAAGUUGCGUCAUUCGAAAGAAGUGUUAGUGAAAAUAGUGGUAAAGAAAUCAGAAAUGUAAGAUCAAGUGUUCUUUCACCUACGACUGUAAGAUCGAGUGUUAUCAAUAAGAACAGCGAUCAAAAUUCGGACGUUAAUGAAAAUGAUCCUAAAGAAAGUUGGGUGAAACAGGUUGUCAAUAAAUUCCAAUGAGCUUGGACGAGUGAUAAGUAUCGAUGCAUUUAGAAAUAAUUAUUCCGUCUGAUUUUUUACUCCACUUUUUUGAAAUCCCACUUUCGAACUUAAUAUUUAUAAGGUUAUUGUUAAUUAUUGUGAGGAAGCGAACACACCGAUCCAUUGAUUGUCUUCAAGAGAUAUGGCGUUGGACAUUCAACGUUCUUUACUCUUUGGUAACACGUCUGUUCACUAUAACUACAGUCCGACAAGGCUCUUUUGGCGCGUGGCCAAAAUCGGAACUAAAGCCGCCAUUUUGAGAAGUUAGUUCGCUGUGUCAGCAUAAAGCUACAACAGCGCCCUCAUUCAAGUCCCAAAAGAGCCUUGUUGGACUGUAGUCCUUUGCCGUCAUGCAGUUCACACAAUAAUAAAUCCUAAGUUCUAAGGACUAAAACAAUCAAAGCAAUGGUGCCAACAUGACGGCUACGGACAAGUUAUAGUGAACAGUCUAUAUUUAAGCUGCAUGCGACGGGUUUGCCAGCGAAAUUCAAAUUUAAUUUAGUUUUUCGCAAUUUUUUAAACUAAUACGACAAAGUACGCUUAUGGCACUUUAAUUGCGCCAAUGGCAGUAUCAU